CGAGGUUUAAGCCAACUGGUUCCCCUCAUCUUUUACCCCUUUUCGUUUCAGUUGCUUCUUCGAAACCCUACCUUUCACGGAGACCUAAGAAUCGAACCUUCCCAGAACGUGUCUUCUCACUCUCACCUCCAUUCAAACACAGAAGAAAUACCCACCUGAUCUGCUUUUUCUACUCAGGUUCUCUGAUGUUGUCUUUCUCUUGCCGGUGUUUAUGGGCUACGCCGACGUCUUGAAUUUGUUGUUCGCUGUUGGUGUGUGGUGUACUGCAUAUGUUACUGUUGCAGUUCUUGCAUCAUUUCGGGUCUUGAAUUCCCUCUGUUCGUUCUGAGUUAGUUUGGGAGUUUUUAAAUUUGAGAAGCUAUCAUGGGUUAUGCACAGCUAGUCAUCGGCCCUGCCGGCAGUGGAAAGUCAACAUAUUGCUCUAGUCUGCACCAGCAUUGUGAGGCAAUUGGACGCUCGAUACACAUUGUGAACCUGGAUCCCGCUGCUGAGAAUUUUGACUAUCCAGUUGCCAUGGAUAUUAGGGAACUUAUUAGUUUGGAUGAUGUUAUGGAGGAACUUGGUUUGGGACCAAAUGGGGGUCUUAUAUACUGUAUGGAACAUCUUGAAGAAAAUCUGGAUGAUUGGUUAACUGAAGAGUUGGACAAUUAUUUGGAUGAUGACUAUCUGGUUUUCGACUGCCCAGGUCAGAUAGAGCUCUUUUCACAUGUACCAGUACUUCGUAACUUUGUGGAGCAUCUGAAGCGUAAGAACUUCAAUGUUUGUGCUGUAUAUUUGCUUGAUUCACAGUUCAUCACAGAUGUAACUAAGUUUAUCAGUGGGUGCAUGGCAUCCCUUUCUGCAAUGGUUCAACUUGAAUUGCCCCAUAUUAAUAUUCUCUCCAAAAUGGACCUUGUGACAAACAAAAGGGAUAUAGAUAACUAUUUGGAUCCAGAGCCUCACAUUCUGCUGUCAGAGCUGAACGAAAAAAUGGCUCCUCGAUUCAAAAAGCUGAACAAAUCUUUGAUUGAAUUGGUGGAUGAAUAUAGCAUGGUGAGCUUCAUCCCACUUGAUUUGAGGAAGGAAAGCAGCAUACAAUAUGUGUUGGCUCAAAUUGACAACUGCAUUCAGUAUGGAGAAGAUGCAGAAGUGAAGGUCAGGGAUUUUGAUCCAGAGGAUGAGGAUGACUGACAGUACCCUUUGAUGGUUCUUUUUUUACAGUGUUACUGAAAGUAUACAAUGUUUUAUGAUACAAAUUUCAUUUUGUGUAUAUGCGGGGCUUCCAAAUGGUGUGAUAUUUGACCCGAAAGUGAGAUUGACUGUUUUCAGAUGGGGGUGAAAUGAACCUUUUUUUAGUUUUGUCAGUUGAAUUCACCUCCCAUUUUCUUUGUCACACAAGAAGGAAGUUUCUGGAUCAAAGUUAUGGAACCAUUUCGACAGAUUAAAUUUAAUUUAUUUUG